ACUAGAUUGCUCCAUGGUAUUACUUGAUGCAUGCACGCACGUGAUAAUCCUGUGGUCUGAGCUAGCUACAAAUUAAUGUAAAACUGUAAACAUUGGCAGUCGAGUCGAGUCAUCGGCGAUGUGUGGUUAUCGAUUGCAGGAAUUGCUUUUGCUAGGAAGCCGCUCUAUUGUCAUAAAGUUUAUUUGUUUGUUUCCCUGAUCACUGGACCGAAUAACACAGUUUUUAAACAGCAAAUCUUGAGUUCAUCCUUUCUUUCAAGAUGAAGAUGCUUUCAUCCAAGACCUGCAUUUGGCUCUUCGUCCUUUGUGCUGGGCUCCGAUAUGCAGCCUCGUCAAGCUCAAUGGAAAAAGUUAUCAACAAUUCACAUGAACUAAAAGACAUCCUUAGCCUAUUGGGUCGUGAUAAAGGAGACAACCCUGAUAUUAAAAUGAGCAACUGUGAAAGAGCUAUGAAGUUUAUCUCGGGCCUUCUAAAAAGAUUUGGGUCAGAUGACAUUGAGAAGAAGUUCAACGAAGCUCAUCUGGGCUUUGAUUUCUGUAAAUCAGGGCUGAAUCACGACCAAGAUGUUAAGUACAAUGUGAGCGGUCUUAUCGCAAGUCACGGUUAUCCGGUAGAAGAACACGAGGUCCACACUGUAGAUGGUUUCAUUUUAACUCUGCACCGUAUUCCGCACGGUUUAAAAAAUGCAUCCAAAGGACCUAAGGAGGUUGUCUUCCUUCAGCAUGGUCUACUUGCCGCUGCAUCCAACUGGAUAACCAAUAAACCCAGUCAGAGUCUCGGGUAUAUCCUGGCCGAUGCUGGCUUUGAUGUGUGGAUGGGUAACUCCCGCGGAAACACCUACAGUCUGAAACAUGAGACACUGAAACCUGAUCAACAGAAGUUCUGGGAGUGGACGUGGGACGAGAUGGCAAAGUAUGACCUUCCAGCCUCUUUGAACUUUGUACUAAACGCGACUGGCCAGAAACAGCUGAACUACAUUGGCCACUCUCAAGGAACGAUGAUCGCUUUCGCCGAGUUUUCCCGAAACCAGGAGUUAGCGAAAAAAGUCAAGCUGUACUUUGCUAUGGGACCCGUGGCAACGGUCGGUUACAUGACGUCACCUCUGUUUAGAUUUCUCUCGGACGAUGUGCCUGAUACUUUUUUCACUGAAGUUCUUGUGGAUCUUCACCUGUAUGAUUUCUUUCCGAGCAACGAGUUCUUCCACUUCCUCGGUCAGACGGUCUGUAGUUGCUCGGACACUGUGUUUGCUUGUGAGUUUGUCCUGUCCAUGUUCGGUGGGUACAGCAAGGAGCAUAUGAAUGCAACGAGAUUACCAGUGUACGUACAGAACACUCCGGCAGGAACGUCUGUGUGGAACAUGGACCACUGGGGCCAGAUGGUGGAAUCGAAGAAGUGCUGCAUGUAUGACUUUGGCCCUAGUGGCAACUUGCAACAUUAUAACCAGACCACACCACCUGAAUACCUGAUUCAAAACAUGGAAACAAAAGUCGCUCUCUUCUACGGCAUGAGAGACACCUUGGCCGAUCCAACGGACGUAAAGUUGCUCAUCCCGAAAUUGAAGAACUUGUUUUACAAUAAAAGCAUCCCUACAUACGGCCACAUGGAUUUUAUUUGGGCGGUCGAUGCUUACGAGUACGUCUACAAAGAUAUCAUUGGUCUCAUUCUGAACGGAGAGGGCCUUUGAUGAUGUCAUCAUCUAGCCCUCUAUGUUAGCCAUAAGCCAGUCACUUGACGCAAGAAAAAAUUGUCGUAAAUUGUAGUAACGGUGCUCAGUUUACAUCUUAUAAGACAUACAGUUUUUGCUUGAGGUCUACCAUGUUGGCAUAAUAACUGUCAAUAAAGGGGCACAGCCUUAAAAAGAACUUUAAUGUGGUGAUUUUUUAUAAGAACAAAACUGCAGACAUUUUUAUAUAUUUUUUAUUUUUGAAAUAAACUGUUUAUCCUUGAGACAGUUUAAAGUUCUCGUUUGUAAAUGAUCAUAGGUUAAGUGAAUAAUCAAUGCCCUUUUUAAAUUUCCAGGUUUUUACUUAGAUUUAUUUGUGCAGUUGAUUAAAAAUUAAUUUGUUUUAGUUUAUGAAAUUUAAACUGAAUGAAUUUAUUAUUUUAAAGAAUUUAUUAUUUUAAAGAGUGAUUACAAAACAAUGAAAUACCUUCCUUUUAAAGGGUGUGUAUAACGGCGAUUUGAAAGUUUAAAUUAAAAGUGUGAACAGAUUUGCACAUAAUAUUAAAACAUAUUGUACAUGGUAUGUAGAUUGUUUUGGUGGAAACUUCCAUUAAAGUGAGAGAACGUUUUGAUCUCGCAUUCAUUCCAGCUCCUGAUUUGAAAACAGUGAAAAGCAUGUUUUGUUUCCCCACCAUGUUCUUGUGACAAUGAUGAUUGAUUGAGCGCAAGUUUCCACAAGCUUGUUAUUUCUGUACAUGUAUGUUUGGUCACGCAAAGUACGGAGACCGGUCUACGACGAGUCCCAAAACUGCCGGUGUUUUAAAGAAUACACCAUAGUAAUUUUCACACAAAUGCAGAUUUUAGUUGAUUGUGCAGUGUGUGUACACAAACAAUAUCUACAUUGUAAAUGAGAACAAGAUUUUAUAUUUCCAACCACAAUUCUCAUAUAAGUGCCUUUGAAUAAACACAAACAAAAAUA